UCAAAAUGACGUGGCGUGCUCUGGUCGUAGCGAUAGCAGUAGCGUCAGUGAGUGCGUUCCCGCGUAGCGUUCAUAAAACGUCCUCUGAUAUUAUCAACCAAAUAAUCUCCGAGGGUUACCCCGCAGAGUUGCACCAAGUGACCACAGCUGAUGGCUACAUCCUGGGCGUGCACCGUAUACCCUACGGGAAGGACGGACCCUCUGAAGGACGGAGGCCCGUUGUCUUUGUGAUGCAUGGCCUCAUGGGUGCAUCGAGUAACUUCAUUUUCUUAGGAAAGGAGAAUGGAAUAGCUUAUAACCUGGCCGAUGCCGGGUACGACGUGUGGAUGGGCAAUGCUCGUGGUAACACCUUCUCGCGCCAGCACGUGUCUCUCAACCCGGACGACAACCAGCAAAAGUACGAAUUCUUCGACUUCAGCUGGGAAGAGAUCGCAAUUAUCGACGUUCCGACCAUGGUCGACUACGCUUUGGCAGUCUCUGGGGAACAAACUUUACACUAUAUUGGGCACUCUCAGGGAGGCACUUCGUUCUUGGUGCUGAACUCUAUGAAACCCGAAUAUAAUGAAAAGUUUGUGUCAGCUCAUCUAUUGGCUGGUGUGGGAUAUAUGAACAACUUCCCUAACAGCGAACUGAGGAUAGCGGCGCAGAUGACUACAAUUCUUUAUGCUAUGACAAGAACAAUCGGUUUGGUAGAAAUACGGUCACUGGAUGACAUACCUGGAAACUUGAUCGGUCGAUCAGGACACUCUCGCACUGACUACUGCUUUGGUGAUAUCGCCUACAAGGACUACUGCAACAUGCUUGGCCUUAACAGAAUAAUGGGUGAAACUGACAUGGAAGGCCUAGGCUUAGGUGGGGCCUCUCUCAAGCAGUUCGCUCACUACGGUCAGAACAUCAGGGACAAGAGCUUCAGACGCUGGGACCACGGUAUCGUCUCCAACCGCCUGGUCUACGGCGAGCGCAACCCUCCCGCUUACGACCUUGGCCGCAUCACUGUUCCCAUCACCAUGCACUACACCGUCAGCGAUGAGUUGCUUGAUGAGCAGGACGUUCUUGCGAUGGUUCGCGAUUUGCCCAGCGCAGAAGCUAGGAAGGUAGCAAGAGAAACCUUCUCCCAUGUGGAUUUCGUCCAAGCUGCUGAUGUUAAGGAACUUGUAACAAACUAUGUGAUCUAUAUGCUUAACCGAGUCGAAAGUACGUUGGCGGAGAUGGAAUAAUUUACUAAAUAUAGACUGUUAUUUAA